GUCAUGAUUGACGUGUGAGUGAAGAGAUGACAGAUAUGCGAGUUAUUUUUAAAAAAAAAUAACUCUCAAUGACCCAGAAACAUUGUCUUUCUUAUUCACCUUAUUGAGAUUGUGAUUGAAGCCCGAAAGGGUCAAGUCAGUGCUUGUUCAGACAGACAAACCAGCUCAAAAGCAUGCUGCGAGCCAACAGGCAACACUGCUUGUGAACGCUAUAAUGAACCAUGAAUCAACUUACUGAGUCGAUUCUUUUUAAUCACAUGCUUCUGUUAUUAUUAGUACGUUUGAUUUCUUACUACUCAACGAGUAAAGCAACCAGAAAUAUAACAAUAAGGAAAUCAGACAACUUAUCGAGAUUCGGAUGUGGUGUGGUGAAACCUGAACCCCACCGCUUGAGAAUCGAUUCCCACUUGAAUCUUUAAAAUUGAAUAACUCGCUUGGCAGCUGUACAAUGCGGAGAGCUCAAGCUUACAGGAAACGGGCACUGCGGAUUUACCGGAUAACGUUGCUUUUCAGAAGUGGCUCUAUUAGUAUCCAUGAAGAGGCUAAACCUAACACACUGUACGGAUGUCUGGCUCAAAAGUGUGAUCUGUUUUAUCUUGUCCUUCCAUGCUGCGUCUCUCCUUCAACCUUCAAGUCCUCACUGUACUAUCAAACUGGAGCAUCUGGUAAAAUACCAGCAACUGUGACGGUGGUAUGUAAACGCCUGAUUGAAGCUUGUAGCAGGUUCUAAGGUAUUUUUGAAGACUCGGUGUUGCAGUACAGCACGAUGCUUGUCUGUGAUGGGGAAUCAAGAGCAUGGGUUCGAUACAAACUGACCCUUGUUACAGGACUGCUGGAGUGCCUGUGCUUUGCUGGGGUUGUGUUUGGAUGGGCUUCUCUUGUAUUUGUUCUGAAGACAGAUGGGUACUUUAGUGAUCUGUGUGUCAAUGUGACUGAAGCAAAUGGUACAACAUAUAAAGACUGCAGUGCUCAGGAUGAGCAGUUCUCUCUUAUCUUCACUGUUGCGUCCUUCAUGAACAACUUUCUAACUUUCCCUAACGGCUUCCUUUUUGACUUGUAUGGAACGAUGGCUACAAGACUUCUGGCAAUAUUCCUCUAUACUACUGGGACGUUGCUUGUGGCGUUUUCAAGUAAAGCUCUCGCCUUCCUACUUUUCCCUGCUCUUUCUUUCAUUACUGUGGGCGGCAUUUUGUUACUUCUCACAAACAUGCAGGUGGGAAACCUUUGUGGUACUCGUCGCUCGACUAUCAUUACUCUCUACAGUGGUGCUUUUGACUCCUCAUCUUCAGUCUUCCUCAUCAUUAAGGUCCUGUAUGAGAAAGGGGUUUCUCUUCAGAACUCUUUCUUCUUCCUGGCUGCCUGUGAUAUCAUUCAUCUACUGCGAACUCUCUUCCUGUUACCCAAAUCACACAUCCCUUAUCCAGUCCCAGAGAGCUACACUUACGGGUUAAGUUGUCGUAAAUCAAAGAGUUACAAUUUUGAAGAAAAUGAACUCCAUCAGGACUUGAAUUCUGCACCAGACCAAGCAAUACAACACACAAGCGGAGACAGUAACCCACCACAGGCAGAUGCCUUGCCUCAGGAGGACGUCUGCAAAGGAAGCGAAGAUAGCAGCUUUAAGAGCUGUGUUCUGUCCUGGUUCUUUCUGUGGCAUCUGAUAUGGCUUUCCGUUAUGCAAUUGCGUCAUUUUCUUUUCAUCGGAACACUGAACCCAAUGCUGAACCGACUGGCAAACCAAGACCCAGCCACUGUUAGCCGCUACACCAAUGCCUUUGCCUUCACUCAGCUGACCGGGAUUCUCUGUGCUCCAUGGAAUGGAUUGUUAAUGGACAGACACAAGGGGAAGGCACUGAAGUCAGGAGAGACAGAGAAAGAAGCCGACCUGCGCUCGUCCAUUCUGUCCCUCUUCCUCACCGCUCUGCAGUGCCUUCUCUUCUCUGUGUGUACAACCAUUCCUAUUCUUCCUUUGCAGUACGCCACGUUCUUUCUGCAGGUCCUCAACCGAUCCUUCCUGUACGGCGGAAAUGCUGCAUUUAUCAGCAUUGUGUUUCCUGCCCAACACUUUGGAAAGCUGUACGGUCUCAUGAUGUCCCUCUCAGCUUUAGUGGCACUGCUGCAGUAUCCUUGUUUAGCUUUGGUCAAAGCUUUUGAUGGGGAUCCCUUCUAUGUGAACCUUAUUUUGACCAUUCUGAUGCUCCUGGCUUUCAUCCAUCCUCUGAACGUCUUCUUUCACUGUAGAAGCCUGGCCACAAAGAAAGGAAACACACAGAGCAUGCAGCAUGCUGACUCUUUAGGAGGAGAAUCUACACUAUAGAACCAAAUACAUAUAUAAUGAUCAGAAAAAAACAUUUCAUAUGCCUAUUUUUGCAAAAUGCUGGAUUUUUUUUCUACAAUGCAAUGCAAAAUUAUGCAUUUUUCAUGAUGCUGCACCAUGACACUUUUUUUAUUCUUUAAAUACUAUAUGAAUUAAAAUGGCACGAUAAGGCAAUCUUAUGUGAAUAUUUUUUUAUUUUAGCUGUGAAUAUAGAACAGAGACUGCAUGCCAAUGACAUGACAAAAAGGAAUGGCUAAUAAACACAGACACACAAAAAAGGAAAUAGUUUUAGAAACACACUGCAGUUCUUUUCAUCAGUGUAUUAAGCAUCUGUAGUGGCAAUGCUCAUGCAAAGUUUAGACCAGAAAUUUGUGGAAUUGUUUUGCUGCACCCAGUCAGAUAUAUUCACAUCCGUGUGCAAAUAGAUAACAACCAAUCAGCAUGCCAUAAAAAAAACCCAGUGUAUUGGAUAUCAGAGAAAACAUAUUGGAUAUCAGAUUCUGUAACAAAUGGGUACCAAUGGAACUGGAAUUGACAAAAAAUAUUUGUAAAUACAAAUAAAAAGAUACAUAUAAAGAAA